GUUUGGGCCAUAGCUGGCUCUAUGACAGAUGGCAGAGAGCUGAUGGUGACUGAGAACAGGGAAGGGACGAGAUAAAAUGACAGGGCGACGGGUGCGUGGGGGACGUUUUAGCGGCAGUAUUCCAUCCACGUGACACAUCGGACAGCCACAAAAGGCAGGCAAGUGCCAUAGCAGCUUGUCAGGCCACAGUCUAUUUGUUUUCGGUUAGGCGGUUACCCAUGGUGGCCUCCUGCUGCCCAUGUGUGCCCACACCACCACCUCCUCACCUUCCUCCAUCUCCUCUCCCUUCCUUCUCCCUCACUGUUGCCUGAGAACACAGGAGAUAAGAGAACAUGCGUCACAGCCCCAACGGGACUGGCAGUGGGACUGCUGUGUCUUCAGAUGGGGGUAAAGGGUGGAGGCAGAGUGCAGACAGUGGAAGACAGUGAAUCGAGAGAAAGGAUUAAAAAACUAGAAGAAGCGUCAGCAGAGAACUCCACACUGCCACACCACCAAGUUAAUUAGGGUGCAAAGAGAGAGGAUCCAAGACAACAACAAACACAAGCAACACGGCAGCCAUUUUGCAGUAUUUCAAGACCAGAGAGAUCAGAGUUUUGUCUUUUCCAAAGCAGAGGGGAAGGCAUGGCCUGAAGACAGGAAUAAUUAAAGCUGCCUCAGAGAGAGCAGAAUGUUUCCUUCCUUCCUCGUCAUUGUGAACAAUGACAUUGUGAAGUUUUAAAAAAAUGUAUUCAGAAGAAGAUGGGCCUGUUACCCUCCUUUUAUCAUAAUGAUCGUAACCCAUAGUUAAUGUAGCACCAAAAGACAGCCAGAAUGGAUCAAAAGAGCGUUUGAGAAAAGUCCAUUUUAAUAAUGAUGAUAGCAACGUUGGAGUUGUGUGGUGGUAAAUACACUGGGGAUUUUUUUAAAUCCCUAAUUAUGUUUUGGUCAUCGCAAUCAAUACAUCAUGCGUAUGUAUUACAGUACACAUACCGUAAUUUCCGGACUAUAAGCCGCUACUUUUUUCCCACGCUAUGAACCUUGCGCUUUAUACAAUGAAGCGGCUAAUUUAUGGAUUUUUCCCGCUUUCACAAAUUCAUGCCGCCAAAAAACUGAGCACCGUCACAUAAUGUGAAGUAAAUCGAGCGCGCUCAAACUUUCCAUCAUUCUGAUUACGGUAGUCAUUUUGUCACCCUCAUCAUGGCAAAGACACGGAGAAAUGCAUAUGAUGCAGCUUUCAAUUUGAAGGCGAUCGAUCUGGCUGUUUGAAAAGGAAAUAGAGCUUCUGCACGGGAGCUUGGCCUUAAUGAGUCGAUGGUAAGACGUUGGAAACAGCAGCGUGAGAAACUGACUUAGUGCAAAAAGACAACAAAAGCUUUCAGAGGAAAGAAAAGCAGAUGGCCCGAACUAGAAAAUGGAUUGGAUGACAAGUGGGGAGAAAUCCUUCACUAAAACGGGCUGCAUGCGAAGAGCGACUUAUGGUCAAGUCUGCCAGUGGGUCCUGACAGCGUGGAGCUGCUGCGUAUUGAAGAGGGCAGCAUAAGCUCAGCGGGGAAUUUGCCUCCGGAUGAAAGUGAGGAGAGCACAAUGAAAACGAUCCAACAUCGGAUGAAGCAAUUCUGAGGCUAUUCAACUCCGACACCAAAGGAGAUGACUUCAGUGGUUUCAGUGCACAGGAGGAAGAUAGUGACCAAGGACUUUCUUGGACCUGAGCCCUAGGACCAUGCCUCAGGACUACCUGGCAUGAUGACUCCUUGUUGUCCCCAGUCCACCUGGCCGUGUUGCUGCUCCAGUUUCAACUGUUCUGCCUGCUGCUAUGGAAACCUGACCUGUUCACUGUGAUUAUUAUUAUUUGACCAUGCGGGUCAUUUAUGAACAUUUGAACAUCUUGGCCAUGUUCUGUUAUAAUCUCCACCCGGCACAGCCAGAAGAGGAUUGGCCAUCCCUCAUAGCUUGGUUCCUCUCUAGGUUUCUUCCUAGGUUUUGGCCUUUCUAGGGAGUUUUUCCUAGCCCCCGUGCUUCUACACCUGCAUUGCUUGCUGUUUGGGGUUUUAGGCUGGGUUUCUGUACAGCACUUUGAUAUAUCAGCUGAUGUAAGAAGGGCUAUAUAAAUAAAUUUGAUUUGAAGAGAAGAGAAGAGAAGAGGGGAGAGAGUAAGAGAGAGAAGAGAAGGGGGAGAGAGAGAGGAGAGAGAUCACUGUGAUGAGUUUAAAUCCUACAUCUGACUGGUCUGUUGUCAAACAUUUCGUUUUCAUCCGUACACACUCAUGUAUGCUGCACCACGCAGGGAAUAGUGGGGCGGAGGAGGAGGGGUAAAGAACGAAGACUACAAAUGAUAUCAGAAAUGGUUUCCAGGGGCAAAAACCAUGGCACAGUGAUGAAGGAUGACAGCAUCCUGGUUUUAAUUGCCAUGGCUCCCGUUGUCGUGGCGCCCAGGGGGACAGGAAGGAGGCAGACACAGAUAGUGUCUAAUGAGUAUUAAUCUAAUCACUGUCUGACAUAAAUAAGGCAUGUGCUUUUGUCAACCCCUCCCCUCCCUUCUCCUGCCGUCACCCCCAAACUCUGACAUUUAGGAUUGGGUAUUUGCAUUUCCUAAAACUUUUAACAAAUUGAAUCGCACUGUCAAAGUAGGAAGGGAGAUAGAAUGACUUGCGGCGUGAUUUACUUGAAGCUAAAUUAACUUAAUUUCCUUCUCUUUUCUCUAAUGGCUCUCUUCUUUUUUAAACUAUUAUUAGGACUGAUUCUUUUUUUUAUCUCUCUUUUAUUCAUCCACUGUCUGCUUCUUUAUUUUUCCACUUUUCCUGAUUCCUUACCGUCAUCAUAAACUGUACAGCUCCCCCUUCCUUACUAAAUAUUAUAUUUUGGUAAGGUUUAAAUUGUUCUUAUUUAUAUGUUUACACUAAGGUAACUUUAUUGAUAUGGCACAAUGACUAGUAUAACAGUUUGAGAAUAAAUCCUCAGAAUUUGUCCAUUGGACAGAACCUACUCAAUACAAUUUGUCACAGAUGUUCUAAAUAUUAAAAAAAUGAGUUUUGUGAUAAUGUGUAUGUUGGAAUGUUUUCAAACCACUGCUGUCCAUGAUGUCGGUAAGGGUACAGAUCCCACAUUUGGACCAUUAGCGGGGAUGCAAAAGGCCGCCCUCCAGAUCGCAAGGCAUUAUUGUGAAAUAUUGGAGUAUCGGCAUGCCAUUUUGAUUUACAGUUACAUAGUUUUUCAAUUUUAAAACAAAUAGAAAUUGUGUGAGCAAUAAUGGGACCAAAGAGUAGUUUAAAUAGUUUAGGGGAUAUUUGGUGAAGAUCCCCUCUUCCAAGGCAAUAGGAGACACCAUUUUUAUAUAUACUCAGCCAGGGGGCAUAAGAAUUAUGUCUAAACCAAUAUAGGAUGUGGCGAAAUGCUAGUGCAUGGAAAUAGUCCUUCUACGUCUUUCCUUUUUUUUAUUCCUUGCUAUAUAAAUGAAACCACACUAUGCAUUUUAUCUCAAUAGCCAAAAGGGGUAGCCAUGGGAACCAUUGAACUACAGAAAUUCAUAGGAUCAUAUGAAUUUGGAGCGUACAUAUAAAUAAAGGCUGUUUUCUUUCCAUUAUGUAUACAUUUAAGGAAAGUGAUAGUUCUGCCUUCUUGGUCUUCGCCUUUACCCAAGAUGGUAAUUUUGAAAUUCUUAUGUAUCUUAUGAUUACACCUUUAGUUUUGUUUGGAGCUGAUGACAAAACAUCUAGUUUGUGCAAAUGGUUCUAUGUGAGUCAUUUUGGAGCAGGUGUGUUUCUUGGGGCAUUGCUAUAUUAACAUAGUUUCUUGCUAAGAUAUCAAGACAACUAGAAAGUUUAAUAGGACACUUUAGGCCUUUCAAAUUCCUAGAGAGAAUAGCUAGCAUUGCAUUUGUUUAAAAAAAAUAAUGCAUUAUUAAUAAUGUAAUUGUUAUCUUCAAUGUUAAUAAGCCCAUGGAUGUGAAACAAAAAGCAGGAGCUACAGGGAAACCCACCCAUUGGUCGUUCCCCACCCAGAAACCCCACCUGUGAACAGUUGAGAAAUAAAUCAAGUAAAACAUCAAAUAAGUAACUACUUGCCCCUUCAGGCCUUUACAUUUAAGUUUGCAGACUUGAUGAACUAGGGUGACUAAUGAAGAAAUAAAGAAGAGAAAAGGGGGAAAAGUCAACAGAAAUGCAAGCCUAAGCAGUCAAACAGGAUGGCUGUAGGAGCAAUAGCUCCUGAUCCAUCCUCAUUAGCAAUAUGGUCUAAAUUAUCCUAAACAUAAUGUACCCUCAACAAAAACAAAAAUAAAUUGUGUGGUAGCCCAUAUUGGUUUGGCCUUCUAUCCUAAACAGUUUAGCCCAUAAGGAUGCAAUGCGCUGUAGCCUCACAAGGAAGCAACCCCAGUUUGUAUGACACUUAUCACAUUAUAUUGUCCAUUGUUCAUUAAUUGGUGUGAAGCCCCAGCGACAUGGGACCCAGCUUCUCCUGCACAAACAGUUCAUAGAAAAGAUUGCUCAUAAAGGAAGUUGAGAUGUCCGCUUCCACAGCAGUUUCAAGUCCUGUGACCCGCAUAUUGAAUUUACAGGAAUUAUUUUUGAGUGUUUGUUUUAUUUUUAGGAGAUGGAUUUUUCCUAGCUUAGCUCCCGCUGUUUCCAGGUCAUGGAGUCACCCCUCUGUCACAUUGGCUGCUGUCUCCAAACAUUCCAUUUUUGUUGAGAAGGUAUCCACUUCAGAAGUGAGCAGUGCAAGAGAUUAAUUUAUCCGUUUUAAUUCCAAGUCGAGGGCGGAGGUUAUUUCCUCACGAACAAUCUCUGGUAUAGUAGUGGCCAACUUUUUCUGUUGUCGGGUGUUGAGAGCCGCCAUGUUCCCACAGGUGAAUUGUGAACGGACAGAAUACCUCAGCUGCUGGAGCAAAAUAGACCUGCUAAUUGUUCCUUGUAAUACAGUAAACGUCCCACACCUUAAUGUGAUGUUAUAUGUUGACAAUUAUUUGAAAAUAAGUCUGUUAAUUCAUAGUUAUUUAGCAAAAUAUAGCCACGAGAAAGCAAUACGUUUCAAUGCAUGCCACCGGAACUGGAAACAAAGUGAAAGCCAAUAUUGAAUAACUUUUAAACAUACAGACAAUGAACAAAAAUAUAUUAUUUUUAAUGCAGCACAAAUACUAUUUCUCGUAAUAACCAUAAUAAUUGCCUGGCAAUAUGUAAUUACUUCAAAAAGUACUCCUCUAGUUCACAGAAAGACUGUAUGUGUGACAUGUAGUGCUGUAAGGUAAAGUGCUUCCAAAAAUGUACUUGGGGACUUAGGGGUUCCAUCACUAAGGUAACCAUAGGACAAUUAAAGCAGAAGGGAUUAAACCUUUUCUGUGACUGUCUAUGUUGUUUACUUCUAGAUUGAAUGACAUUUCUGGGUGCAGGUCAAUUUACAAAAAAAACGACGUUUUCGUCUUUUGAGCUUCUAGUCAUGAAAUCUAUGCAGCCUACUCAAUCACUUUUUAUAGCUAUUGUUUACAGGCCUCCUGGGCCAUAUACAGCGUUCCUCACUGAGUUCCCUGAAUUCCUAUCGGACCUUGUAGUCAUAGCAGAUAAUAUUCAAAUUUUGGUGAUUUUAAUAUUCACAUGGAAAAGUCCACAGACCCACUCCAAAAGGCUUUCGGAGCCAUCAUCGACUCAGUGGGUUUAGUCCAACAUGUCUCUGGACCUACUCACUGUCACAGUCAUACUCUGGAUCUAGUUUUGUCCCAUGGAAUAAAUGUUGUGGAUCUUAAUGUUUUCCCUCAUAAUCCUGGACUAUCGGACCACCAUUUUAUUACGUUUGUAAUCGCAACAAAUAAUCUGCUCAGACCCUGCUCAAUAAUCUGCUCAGACCCCAACCAAGGAGCAUCAAAAGUCAUGCUAUAAAUUCUCAGACAACCCAAAGACUCAUUGAUGCCCUUCCAGACUCCCUCUGCCUACCCAAGGACGUCAGAGGACAAAAAUCAGUUAACCGCCUAACUGAGGAACUCAAUUUAACCUUGCACAAUACCCUAGAUGCAGUUGCACCCAUAAAAACUAAAAACAUUUGUCAUAAGAGACUAGCUCCCUGGUAUACAGAAAAUACCUGAGCUCUGAAGCAAGCUUCCAGAAAAUUGGAACGGAAAUGGCGCCACACCAACUGGAAGUCUAGCUUGAAAAGACAAUAUUGUGCAGCAUCGAAGAGCCCUCACUGCUGCUCGAUCAUCCUAUUUUUACAACUUAAUCAAUUUAUUUUUGAUACUGUCGCAAAGCUAACUAAAAAGCAGCAUUCCCCAAGAGAGGAUGGCUUUCACUUCAGCAGUAAUAAAUUCAUGAACUUCUUUGAGGAAAAGAUCAUAAUCAUUAGAAAGCAAAUUACGGACUCCUCUUUAAAUCUGCGUAUUCCUCCAAAGCUCAGUUGUCCUGAGUCUGCACAACUCAAGUGUUUUAGUAUUAUAUCUCUUGAGAUAAGACUGUCAUCUGAUGAAGUUGUUUUGUGAAAGCUACCUAUGCGGUGGAAAAAUGGUGAAAACAUGGCAUUAUGUGUUUGGCUAUUGUGGUUAGCUAAUAUAAAUAUAUAUUGUGUUUUCGCUGUAAAACAUUUUAAAAAUCGGAAAUGAUGGCUGGAUUCACAAGAUGUUUAUCUUUCAUUUGCUGUAUUGGACUUGUGAUUUCAUUAAAUUAUAUUAUAUGAUAUCCCUGUCGUUAGGCUAGGCUAUGCUGGUCAGCUUUUUUGAUGAGGAGGAUCCCGGAUCCGGGAGAGAGAAGCGGUAGAGGUUAAUCUGGACCCUGAUCUCUCUUUUGACAAACAUAUCAAGACUGUUUCAAGGACAGCUUUUUUCCAUCUACGUAACAUUGCAAAAAUCAGAAACUUUCUGUCCAAAAAUUAUGCAGAAAUCCAUGCUUUUGUUACUUCUAGGUUAGACUACUGCAAUGCUCUACUUUCCGGCUACCGGAUAAAUCACUAAAUUAACUUCAGUUAGUGCUAAAAACGGCUGCUAGAAUCCUGACUAGAACCCAAAAAUGUGAUCAUAUUACUCCAGUGCUAGCUUCCAUACACUGGCUUCCUGUUAAGACAAGGGCUGAUUUCAAGGUUUGACUGCUAACCUACAAACCAUUACAUGGGCUUGCUCCCAUCCAUCUUUCCGAUUUGGUCCUGCCAUACAUACCUACACGUACGCUACGGUCACAAGACGCAUGCCUCCUAAUUGUCCCUGGAAUUUCUAAGCAAACAGCUGGAGGCAGGGCUUUCUCCUAUAGAGCUCCAUUUUUAUGGAAUGGUCUGCCUACCCAUGUGAGAGAUGCAGACUUGGUCUCAACCUUUAAGUCUUUACUGAAGAUUCAUCUCUUCAGUAGGUCAUAUGAUUGAGUGUAGUCUGGCCCAGGAGUGUGAAGGUGAACGGAAAGGCUCUGGAGCAAGGAACCGCCCUUGCUGUCUCUGCCUGCUCGGUUCCCCUCCACUGGGAUUAUCUGCCUCUAACCUUAUUACAGGGGCUGAGUGGUGCACAGGGGCUGAGUCACAUACCCCUCCUCGUCACUAGAGAGGGUUGAGUCACUGACGUGAUCUUCCUGUCUGGGACCCCCCCCCCUUGGGUUGUGCCAUGGCGGAAAUCUUUGUGGGCUAUAUCAGGAUGGUAAGUUGGUGGUUGAAGAUAUCCCUCUAGUGGUGUGGGGGCUGUGCUUUGGCAAAGUGGGUGGGGUUAUAUCCUUCCUGUUAUCAUCGGGUAUCAUCGGAUGGGGCCACAGUGUCUCCUGACCCCUCCUGUCUCAGGAUCCAGUAUUUAUGCUGCAUUAGUUUAUGUGUCGAGGGGCUAGGGUCAGUUUGUUAUAUCUGGAGUACUUCUCCUGUCUUAUCCGGUGUCCUGUGUGAAUUUAAGUAUGCUCUCUCUAAUUCUCUCUUUUUUUCUCUCUCUCGGAGGACCUAAGCCCUAGGACCAUGCCUCAGGACUACCUGGCAUGAUGGCUCCUUGCUGUCCCCAGUCCACCUGGCCGUGCUGCUGCUCCAGUUUCAACUGUUCAGCUGUGGCUAUGGAACCCUGACCUGUUCACCGGACGUGCUACCUGUCCCAGACCUGCUGUUUUCAAUUCUCUAGAGACAGCAUGAGCGGUAGAGAUACUCUUAUUGAUCGGCUAUGAAAAGCCAACUGACAUUUACUCCUGAGGUGCUGACUUGUUGCACCCUCGACAACUACUGUGAUUAUUAUUAUUUGACCAUGCUGGUCAUUUAUGAACAUUUGAACAUCUUGGCCAUGUUCUGUUAUAAUCUCCACCCGGCACAGCCAGAAGAGGACUGGCCACCCCUUAUAGCCUGGUUCCUCUCUAGGUUUCUUCCUAGGUUUUGGCCUUUCUAGGGAGUUGUUCCUAGCCACCGUUCUUCUACACCUGCAUUGCUUGCUGUUUGGAGUUUUUAGCUGGGUUUCUGUAAAGCACUUUGAGAUAUCAGCUGAUGUAGGGAAGGGCUAUAUAAAUACAUUUGAUUUGAUUUGAAUUUGAUUUCCUCUGUGCUGUGCAAUUGAAGACGAGAAGCAUUUGGUUUAAUUGCUACAAUUAGUACUUGUGUGGUUGUUUGUUACAAUCCAUCUUUAAUGAUAAAGCAUUUGACUGGAGGGGACCCUGCAAACAAAAUGUAGUCCUUAGGACGAUCUUCCAAAAAUGGUUGUCUAAAGUCGUCAGGGCGUUGUGUCAUGAUCCUGUGGAGGUUUUUGUCUUGUUCCCGGUUUGAUUGCUACAAUUCCUCAACAGUGAUAAACCAGAAGACUGGAGAGGACUAACUCAGUCUCAAAUGUUGACUAAUUAUGUGCCUUUAACAUUGUGUGGUCAUGUCUCCACGUGACAACAGAAUAAAAAUGUAUGCUUGUGUGUGCUCCCCCUGCCAAAACUAUUUCAUUCCAUCAUUUGGGGUAAUAUUUGUUGAAAAAGUCAAAUACAUCGUCUCCCAAUUAAAUGUAUAUUAAUAUUGUUAUUAUACACCACUAGAAGUGCCAACAUACAGGCCAUACAGCACUGUGAAACCUCCUUGCCUUCUUACAUCAAUGUUCUUCAGAUGGGGCCGUUUCAUUCCAAAAGAUGUCCUGUUUUAUUCAGUGUUAAGUAUCAUUUAUUUGUCCCGUUUCAUUUCCAUAAUGGUUUACUGACCAUUUAUUGAGAAACUUCUGGAGGCCCCUUCUCAGCCUAUAGCAUCGGGCCUGAGCUAAUAGACGUUAGAUUGGAUUCUGCCGCUGUGCAUGGUGAGAUAAUUCCUCCUUUUUAGCUCUGUGCCACGUAUCUCCUCUGGCCUCAUACAUUAUGGAUAGGGCUUAAAGCAGUGCCUUGCCCAAGCUCUCUCUCACUUAUUAAAAUCUGCUCUCAAAGGCAGGAUCAGAAAAAAUGACUUUCAAGUUAGUCCUGGUGCUUUGCGCCUUAAAAGCGCUCUUUGACCGUUGAUUCAUCCAAGCCAACAGGUGGUGCUGUGGCGCUCACCUAAGGCUAAUGUUUCAUCUGUAAUUUCCUGCACAAAUCAUCUUAAAGUAACUUCAAUGAGCUGAACAAUCAAUGUCAGACUGUCACGCCCUGGCCUUAGUAUUCUUUGUUUUCUUUAUUAUUUUAGUUAGGUCAGGGUGUGACAUGGGGAAUGUUUGUGUUUUGUUGGUAUUGGGUGAUUCUAUGGUAAAGGGGUUGUUGGUGUAGUAUAUGGGUUUGGUGUUGAGUGUAUGUGUCUAGCUGUGUCUAUGUUGGGCGUAGUUCUAGGAAAGUCUAUGGUGGCCGGAAUGGGUUCUCAAUUAGAGACAGCUGAUUUCGGUUGUCUCUAAUUGGGAGCCAUAUUUAAGGCUGCCAUGGGCUUUAGCUGUUUGUGGGUCAUUGUUUGUGUAUAUGUAUAGUUCAACGUAAGUAGUUUGUGUGUGCACUUACGUUUGAAGUUUUCACGAUCGUUUGUUGUUUUUUCGUUAUUGUUAUAAUAGUGUGUCGUGUUCAUCUUCGUCGUUAUUAAAAAGAAGAUGUAUCCAAAUCAUGUUGCGCCUUGGUCCUCUCGUUCAUGUCAACACGAUCGUGACAGAAUGACCCACCUAUAUACGACCAAGCAACAUGACCAGCGGCAACAGGAGCAAUACAAGGAUUCAUGGACAUGGGAGGAAAUUUUAGACCGGGAGGUACCAGGAGAAUAUAACCGCCCCAAAGCUGAGCUGGAGGCAUUGAAAGCAGAGAGGCGGCGAUAUGAGGAGCUAGCUCGGAGGCAGGAAAAGGAACCUACAAAGGAUCUGGGCUACACUACGUGGGAGGAGAUCGACAGGUGGGCGAUCAACCCAGGGAGAGUGCCGGAGCCCGCCUGGGAUUCUCUGGCGCAGUGCGAGGAGGGAUACCGGCGAAUGGAGGCAGCACGACGAAGCGGUAGGAAGCCUGUGGGAAAACCCCAAAAAUUUCUUUGGGGGGGGCUUAAAGGGAGAGUGGCGAAGUCAGGUAGGAAACCUGCGCCUACUCCCUGUAAUUACCGUGGAGAGCGAGAGUACGGGCAGACACCGUGUUACGCAGUGUCUCCUGUACGUGUGCAUAGCCCGGUGCGGGUUAUUCCACCUCCCCGCACUGGCAGGGCUAGAUUGAGUAUUGAGCCGGAUGUCAUGAAGCCGGCCCUACAUAUCUGGCCACCAGUGCGUUUCCUCGGGCCGGUUUACAUGGCACCAGCCUUACGCAUGGUGUCCCCGGUUCGCCUACAUAGCCCGGUGCGGGUUAUUCCACCUCCCCGCACUGGUCGGGCAACGGGGAGCAUUCAACCAGGUAAGGUUGGUCAGGCUCAAUGCUCAAGGGAGCCAAUACGCCUGCACGGUCCGGUAUUUCCGGCGCCACCUCCCCGCCCCAGUUCAGUGCCACCAGUACAUACACCACGUAACAGGCUUCCAGUGUGUCUCCAGAGCCCUGUUCCUCCUCCACGCACUCGUCCUAUGGUGCGUGUCUCCAGCCCGGUACCACCAAUUCCGGCACCACGCACUAAGCCUCUUGUGCGUUUCCAGAGUCCUGUGCAUCCUGUUGCUGCUCCCCGCAUUAGCCCUGAGAUGCGUGUCCCCAGUCCGGUACCACCAGUUCCGGCCCCACGCACUAGGCCUAAUGUGCGUCCCCAGGGUCCAGUAUGCCCUGUUCCUUCUCCCCGCACUAGCCCUGAGAUGCGUGUCCCCAGCCCGGUGCCACCAGUCCCGGCACCACGCACCAGGCCUACAGUGCGCCUCAGCCGGCAGGAGUCUGCCGUCUGCACAGCGAUGACUGAACUGCCCGUCUGCCAAGCGCCAUCUGAGCCAUCCGUCUCCCCAGCGCCAUCUGAGCCAUCCGUCUCCCCAGCGCCAUCUGAGCCAUCCGUCUCCCCAGCGCCAUCUGAGCCAUCCGUCUCCCCAGCGCCAUCUGAGCCAUCCGUCUGCAAUGAGCCUGCAAAGCCGCCCGUCUGCCAUGAGCCUGCAAAGCCGCCCGUCUGCCAUGAGCCUACUGAGCCGUCCGCCAGACAGGAGCCGCUAGAGCCGCCAGCCAGACAGGAGCCGCUAGAGCCGUCCGUCAGACAGGAUCUGCCAGAGCCGCCAACCAGACAGGAUCUGCCAGAGCCGCCAACCAGACAGGAUCUGCCAGAGCCGCCAACCAGACAGGAUCUGCCAGAGCCGCCAAUCAGACAGGAUCUGCCAGAGCCGCCAAUCAGACAGGAGCAGCCAGAUCCGUCAGCUAGCCAUGAGCAGCCAGAUCCGUCAGCUAGCCAUGAGCAGCCAGAUCCGUCAGCUAGCCAUGAGCAGCCAGAUCCGUCAGCCAGCCAUGAGCAGCCAGAUCCGUCAGCCAGCCAUGAGCAGCCAGAUCCGUCAGCCAGCCAUGAGCGGCCAGAUCAGUCAGCCAGCCAUGGGCCAUCCCUCAGUCCGGAGCUGCAGUCCCUCAGUCCGGAGCUGCAGUCCCUCAGUCCGGAGCUACAGUCCCUCAGUCCAGAGCUGCAGUCCCUCAGUCCGGUGCUGCAGUCCCUCAGCCUGGUGCUGCCCCUUACCCUGGUACUGCCCCUUAAUGCAGUGUGGUUAAUGUGGAGGGGGGUCAUUUGGAGGAAGUUAAGGAGGCGGUUAGGGACUGUGGUGACGUGGGGACUACGACCAGAGCCGGAGCCGCCACCAUGGAUGGAAGCCCACCCAGACCCUCCCCUAGACUGUGUAAUGGUGCGCCCGGAGUUCGCACCUUAAGGGGGGGGUUAUGUCACGCCCUGGCCUUAGUAUUCUUUGUUUUCUUUAUUAUUUUAGUUAGGUCAGGGUGUGACAUGGGGAAUGUUUGUGUUUUGUUGGUAUUGGGUGAUUCUAUGGUAAAGGGGUUGUUGGUGUAGUAUAUGGGUUUGGUGUUGAGUGUAUGUGUCUAGCUGUGUCUAUGUUGGGUGUAGUUCUAGGAAAGUCUAUGGUGGCCGGAAUGGGUUCUCAAUUAGAGACAGCUGAUUUCGGUUGUCUCUAAUUGGGAGCCAUAUUUAAGGCUGCCAUGGGCUUUAGCUGUUUGUGGGUCAUUGUUUGUGUAUAUGUAUAGUUCAACGUAAGUAGUUUGUGUGUGCACUUACGUUUGAAGUUUUCACGAUCGUUUGUUGUUUUUUCGUUAUUGUUAUAAUAGUGUGUCGUGUUCAUCUUCGUCGUUAUUAAAAAGAAGAUGUAUCCAAAUCA